CGUGAGUUCCUCUGCCGCUGCUGUGACACACACGGCGGGCAGCAUGUCGGGGACAGCUGCGGCUCGUAAGCGGGGAAAGCCGACCUCAGGGGCCGGGGCCACUGUUGGUGCCGGAGCCAGUAAGCGGCGGCGGAAGGCCGACUCUGCUGGGGACAGGGGCAAGUCCAAGGGCGGCGGCAGGAUGAAUGAGGAGAUCUCCAGCGACUCUGAGACUGAGAGCCUGGCUCCUAGGAGGACUGAGGAGGAGGAGGAGGAGGAACUAGAGGAAACUGCACAGGAGAAGAAGCUGCGCUUGGCCAAGCUCUACCUUGAGCAGCUCAGGCAGCAAGAGGAGGAAAAGGCUGAGGCUCGAGAAUUUGAGGAGGACCAGGUGGCUGGGCGCCUGAAGGAGGAUGUGCUGGAACAGAGGGGAAGACUCCAGAAGACAGUGGCAAAGGAGAUCCAGGCCCCAGCCCCGGCUGACAUUCGAAUCUUACGGGGUCACCAACUCCCCAUCACAUGUUUGGUCAUCACCCCAGACGAUUUAGCCAUCUUCUCUGCUGCCAAAGACUGCACCAUUAUUAAGUGGAGUGUGGAAAGUGGAAGGAAGCUUCAUGUGAUCCCCCGAGCCAAGAAGGGUGCCGAGGGGCAGCCCCCUGGCCACAGCAGCCACGUCCUCUGCAUGGCCAUUUCCUCUGAUGGCAAAUACCUCGCUUCCGGUGACCGCAGCAAGCUCAUUCUCAUCUGGGAGGCCCAGAGCUGCCGGCACCUGUACACCUUCACAGGACACCGUGACGCCGUGUCGGGCCUGGCAUUCCGCAGAGGCACCCACCAGCUCUACAGUACCUCCCACGACCGCUCGGUGAAGGUGUGGAACGUCGCGGAGAACGCCUAUGUGGAGACGCUCUUCGGGCACCAGGAUGCCGUGGCAGCGCUGGAUGCCCUGAGCAGGGAGUGCUGUGUGACAGCUGGGGGCCGCGAUGGGACCGUGCGUGUGUGGAAGAUCCCCGAGGAGUCCCAGCUUGUCUUCUACGGCCACCAGGGCUCCAUCGACUGCCUCCAGCUCAUCAACGAGGAGCACAUGGUGUCUGGCGCAGAUGAUGGCUCUGUGGCCGUGUGGGGCCUCUCCAAGAAGCGGCCACUUGCCCUGCAGCGUGAUGCCCAUGGGCUAAGGGGGGAGCCGGGCCUGGAACAGCCCUUCUGGGUGUCAUCAGUGGCAGCCCUGCUCAACACAGACCUGGUGGCCACAGGCUCCCACAGCUCUGGUGUGCGGCUUUGGCAGUGUGGAGAGGGCUUCCGGCGGCUUGACCUUCUCUGUGAGAUCCCCUUGGUGGGCUUUAUCAAUAGCCUCAAGUUCUCCAGUGCUGGGGACUUCCUGGUCGCUGGGGUAGGCCAGGAGCACAGGCUCGGCAGAUGGUGGCGGAUCAAAGAGGCUCGGAACUCUGUCUGCAUCAUUCCCCUCCGCAGGACCCCCAGAUCCCCCGCUGCUGGCUCCUGACACCCUCAUCCCUUGUAUUUAAGCACCCCGCAACCAAGCCAUGCCUCCUUUGUAUUAAAAACCUUCUCUUUUUGG